AUGAGCACUACUGAGCUUGACUUUCAUACCCUUGAGAAUCCCAUCGAGUUGGGCUUAUUUGAGUACAAAGACGCAGAGCCCAAGUUUUUUGAAUUCCCAUGGAGCAUUCCUCGCAACACAGAUGCCAUUCGCAUUAAUGCUGUUUUCUGUUCUGGCAAUGAAGGAAACAGCAGAGAUGUCCAUACCAUCCUCUACGUCAACCAUCUCGCAGGUCAACCUUACUAUUUGCAUCAUUAUGCUCACCGAUACCCGCAAAAUGCCAUUAACACGGACAACAAUAUCUUUCAUUUCCCGGUCAGUAGUCAGUGUCAAGGGGUUUUCGUCAAGUGCGGGGAUGAACAGAGCACCCAACUCGACAACUGUCAUGGCAUGAGAUUGUACGUUACUGGAUGGCAUCUUGUCGAAGAGAGCCCAGCGGCGGCACGCAAGUUUGAUAGUGGCUGGAUUGAGGGACCCACAACCGUCGGGAGCCGCGUGGAUAUGCAGCACAACUUGAACAACAAUGACGUGAAGAACGUCCUCGUUCUUGUGUCGCCGGAUGGUGGAGAUACAGUUUACUCCAUCGACGGCGUGAGCAGCUCUGGCAAUUUUCAGUACGGUUGGGAAAUUCGAUUCGACACCAUGAGUGUUUCCAUUUUGCUCCGUCAUAAGGAUGGAGGCCCAUACCUUCACUCGACUGGAUCCCCGGCAACCCAUAUUCGGGUCAAGUUUGAGGUAGAGUCCCCUGGUGCCUGA